AUGUCGUCCUGGGACCAGCCCCUCACCCUUUGGGAGAAGGCGCAAGAAUCCUGGAACAAGCUCGUGGUCUUUGCGGCCCUGCUAUCCACCUCCGUCACGGCACUCUUCCGAGGCGCGAAUGGCGCGAAGACGUACAAACUCCAUGUGCUCAACAGUCUCGUGCGCACGAUAUGUACCACCCACACCCCACGCUAUCUGCAACUCACCCCUCCCUCCACCGAUGAAGCAUACCGACAGUUCAUGGCCCGCCGAGGGCUCCAACCGGACACUGUCCUUCUUAAUCAUGGCGCCAAAGGCCACUGGAUUGGAAACAAGGACGCCAAAAAAGUCCUCAUCUACUACCACGGCGGCGGCUUCUUUCUCAAUGCCUACCCCCAGCACUACAACCUGAUAGGACACACCCUCGACCGCCUCAGCGAAUCCGGUCACGAUCUUGCCGUCUUCUUCCUCAGCUACACUCUCACCCCGCACGCCGUCUACCCCACUCAACUGCGCCAAGCCGUCGAAGCCCUCCGCUACAUUCUCACCGAGACAGGCCGCUCCCCAGCGAAUGUCUUCCUAGGCGGGGAUUCCGCCGGCGGAAACCUCUCACUUGCCGUGCUGCUGCACCUCACUCAUCCGCACCCGGACAUCGCCCCUCUAGAGAUCUCCCAGCCAUUGGCUGGCGUGUUCGGCCACGCUCCCUGGGUCAAGUACAGCACGGACGGUGCUAGUUUCCGGGAAAACAGAUAUAAGGACAUCAUCUGUCCUCCGAUCGUCGACCCUUGGUCCCAGGCGUAUCUGGCGGGUAAGAACGGAGAGGGAGAUCCGUGGAGUGAGCCGGCCAAAGCACCUGUGGAGUGGUGGGAGGGGUCAAAGACGGAGAAUGUGUUGAUUGUUGUGGGGAGAGAUGAGGCUUUGUUUUCGGCUGUCGGGGAGUUUGUAGAAAAGUUCAAGAAAGCCGUCCCCAACACGGUCUAUGUCAUCGGACAGGGCGAAACCCACGUUGCAGCCGUGUACGCGGUAGAUGCAGUUGGUAUAGAUACCCAGCAAAGUCGGGCAAUCAUCGAAUGGCUGGGUGCUCGAUUGUGA